CAAACUCCGCCUCCACGCCGCGUCCCGCCCCAACCUCGAACGCCUCGCCUUCACUUUUAGCCACGCCCACUACCAUCGUGCGCGUCAGCCACUGCAGGUACCGCUUGCUCUCGUUGCGCGCGCAUUAGGCCCCGCUGCUCUCGCGAGAUUUGGCGUCUGACAGACAUGGCGGACUCGGCGAGUCUGUGGUGACGGAAACCAUGAGCCAGGGAGCCGCCGAGAGCGAGCCCGAGGCCAAGGUGUUGCACACCAAAAGGCAGUACCGGGCUGUAGUGGAGACGGUUCACCGGCUGGAUCUGAUCAUUUCUAACAAAUCUGCCUACCAGGAAGUUUUCAAGCCGGAGAAUAUCAGCCUCAGGAACAAGUUACGGGAGUUGUGUGUGAAGCUUAUGUUCUUACACCCCGUGGAAUAUGGGCGCAAAGCAGAGGAAGUUUUAUGGAGGAAGGUUUACUAUGAAGUCAUUCAGCUUAUCAAAACCAAUAAGAAGCACAUACACAGCCGUAGUGCCUUGGAGUGUGCCUACCGCACUCACUUGAUUGCUGGGGUUGGCUUUUACCAACAUCUGCUGCUCUAUAUCCAGUCCCACUACCAGCUGGAGCUUCAGUGCUGCAUCGACUGGACUCAUGUCACUGACCCGCUCAUCGGGUUUAAAAAGCCAGUGUCGGCUUCCAGUAAGGAGAUGGAGUGGGCGAGGAUGGCAUGUCACAGAUGUCUGGUCUAUCUUGGUGACCUGGCUCGAUACCAGAAUGAACUGGCGGUUGUGGAUACAGAGAAGUUAGCAGAAAGGUUUUACUACCAGGCUCUCACCGUCGAUCCUCAAAUAGGGAUGCCAUUUAACCAGCUGGGCACAUUGGCUGGCAGCCAGUACUACCAUGUGGAAGCCACGUAUUGCUACCUGCGCUGUAUCCAGUCAGAAGUGUCAUUUGAAGGUGCUUACGGCAACCUGAAGCGAUUGUACGACAAAUCAGCUAAAAUGUACCACCAGCUUAAGAAAAGUGAGACGCGGAAGCUGUCCCCGAGCAAAAAGAGGUGUAAAGAUAUUAAAAGGUUGCUGGUGAGUUUCUUGUACCUGCAGAGCCUGAUGCAGCCCAAGAGCAGCUCCAUAGAGGCCGAGUUGACCUCCCUCUGCCAAUCCGUUCUAGAGGACUUUAAUCUGUGCAUGUUCUACAUGCCUACAUCCCUCAACAUGAGCUCGGCCAGCGAGGAUGAGGAGGAAUACGAGGGCGGCUAUUCCUUCCUGCCCGACUUGAUUGUCUUCAGGAUGGUGGGGAUCUGUCUGAUGAGCGUCCACAGCCUGAAGCGGGCAGAUUCCAAACAGUACAGCGCUGCUAUUGCUUUCACUCUGGCUCUCUUCUCUCACUUGGUCAACCAUGUCAAUAUACGUCUGCAGGCCGAGCUGGAGGAGAGUCCCUUACCUGCCUUCAAGAAUGACAGCCCAGAUGACAAUGACUCCAAAGAUGUGUCGGAGGUGAUUGGAAAAGACACUGACCCAGAGCCUGAGAUGGGGGAAAACCAAACGAGGAAGCAGCAGGGGACAAAGUCCAACAGCAAAAAAAGCCACAAAUACUCCCGUCUGUCCCGACUUAGGAGACGCCGUCACGCGCGGAAGUUGGACGAGAGCGACCUGAGUGAGGGUUUUGAUUCGGACUCCAGUCACGGCUCAGUCAAGGGCAGUGAUAUUUCGGAGAGCGGUUCAGAAAAAAGCGACGAUGAGGCAGCUUUCGACAUGGAGACGGACUCCGACAUGAACAGCCAGGAGUCUCGCUCAGACCUUGAGGACAUGGAGGAUGAUCCAUAUGAACGCAAGGGAAAAAACUCCCUAAAAAACCCAACGGAGGAGCAGGAUGCAAAGAUGGCGGCUUCCACAAAGGCUGAAUGCCAGGAACUCCCUGUUAAUGGACCCUGCCCGGCCAGUGGUGAGGCCAGUAUAGCCAGCAACCUCCAGGCUAUGUCCACCCAAAUGUUCCAGACCAAACGCUGUUUCCGCCUGGCACCUACAUUCACCAACGUCUUAGUGAAACCUACUGUCAACCCCAGCUCUGAGGCACCAACACCACUGCUGAAUGGAGAUGUGGAGAAGCAAAACUCUGUGGAACAGGAAGACGGAUCCGAUUCAGAAGAGAGUAUGUUAAGCGGCAAGUCUUUUCGCAAUGAGAAAACUCUGCAGGAGCGGCUGGAGAUCAUCACAAGUGAAGGGCUACUGGUCACCGUCAAGAUCUUUUUGGACUGGCUGAGGGCGAACACAGACAUUGUGAUCAUGUGUGCUCAGAGCUCUCAGAGUCUGUGGAACAGAAUGUCGGUGCUUUUAAACCUGUUGCCAUCUGCCCCCAAGAUACAGGAGGCCGGAAUCCCUCUCUGCAAUGAAGUGAAGAAGCUACUGAUGGACUCUGAGCUUCCCGACAUUAACAGUCACCUGCUGCUUCCAGAAGAUGCCGCUCUAAGAAACCUGCCCCCGCUACGGCAAGCGCAGAGGAACAUCAACUUUGAGCAGGAAAGGCCGCUGCUGACCGUGCUGGAGGAGUCUGUCGCUCGCAGCUGCUACAUUCGGAGCUUUGGCCACUUCUUGACUCGGUUACAGAGCAACGUCCUGCAGUUCAACACAGAGCUGGCAAUCUUCACCAGCAUCGCAGAGCCGGGACAGGACAACAUCCUUCAUCAGGCUCAAGCUCAGUUCCGCAUGGCCCAGGAAGAGGCUCGACGGAACCGGCUCAUGAGAGACAUGGCACAGCUGAGACUGCAGCUGGAGGUGUCACAGCUAGAGGGCACCCUGCAGCAGCCCAAGUCUCAGUCAGCCAUGUCACCUUACCUUGUUCCUGACACCCAAGCGCUCUGCCAACACCUGGGCAUCAUCAGGCAGCUAGCCACCAGCGGGCGCUUCAUUCUUAUUAUACCUCGCGCAGUUAUAGAUGGUCUGGACUUUCUAAAAAAGGAAAAUGCAGGUGCCAGGGACGGAAUCCGUUACUUGGAGGCGGAAUUUAAGAAAGGAAACCGGUAUAUCCGCUGCCAGAGAGAAACUGGAAAGAGCUACGAGAAGAACAAGCUAAAGAGGCAGGACACCGAUGCUUGGCACCUCUAUAAGAUCUUGGACAGCUGCAAACAGCUCACUGUAUCCCAGGGGAACAAUGACGAGGAUACAGCAGGAAUGGUCACCAUCAUAACUGGCUUCCACCUUAAUGACCCCCACAGCUUCUCCCCCGCAAUGCAGACGGCUCUGCAGACAGCUUCCAGCUCUAACAUAGAGAUAAAGAACGUGCUGGAGUUCUACAAGCAGUGGAAGGAGAUGGGCUGAGUGUGGGAAGUCACAUGUGCUGGAGAAGCUUCCGCUCCCUCUCUCACCCAUUGUGGCCUCCGAAAUCUAAAACGGCGACUCCUGGGAAUCAAACAAAACACACAAUAUUGGUGGCAGCAACCAAUCGAAACCAGCGAGCCAAAAAAAAAAUGUAAAAACAUAUGUUCUCUGUCUCUCUUGCACAAACGCGCUGCUUCCCCACCCGAAACGGCGUGGGCUGUGAAGUCGGAGGAAAGGAGGAGGAGCCUGCCACCGGGGCUGGAGGGAUGGUCUUGGCAUUCAUCUACUACUGUAUGACCCUAGUGUGUGACCACUAGCCUAGGACCAUCCAUCUUCCAGUUCCCCCUCGGCUGAUUGGACCGGACCAUGAAUUAUCUUUCCUUUUGUGUCAAGUGUGGUGACAGGAAAGAGUAACCCCCCCCCUUACCCCUUUGUUUCCCCCCAGUACCUGCUUCAUUUCCCCUUUGUGCUCCAAAUAUUGCCUAAUCUGCCCCUAACCACGCUGCACCCUAUCCCAACCUUCUUUUCAUUACCCCCUGUUUUCUUUUGUUAGAUUCUUGUCAAAGGGUAUUCGGUGAUACCAGAGUGGAACUGCGAGGAGAGCGAGAAUAAAGAAAACAGUGCUGUUUUA